CGCCUCUUUUGCCCGGCUGGGGACGGAAACCCUAGAUGAUCCCUUUGAGCGGCUUUUGCCCCACCUCUAUAAAUACGCAGAAUGAUAUCCUUUCUGCGCCCUCUUUGCUGCUUCCCACCUAUAGCAGCCGUCGCUCUUUCGCUUCUGAAGAUCUAAGUAACCAUGGGUAAGGAGAAGGUUCAUAUCAACAUUGUGGUCAUUGGCCAUGUCGACUCUGGCAAAUCCACAACUACUGGGCAUCUCAUCUAUAAGCUUGGUGGGAUUGACAAACGUGUAAUAGAGAGAUUUGAGAAGGAAGCAGCUGAGAUGAACAAGAGAUCAUUCAAGUAUGCUUGGGUUCUUGACAAGCUGAAGGCAGAACGGGAGCGUGGAAUCACAAUCGACAUUGCUCUUUGGAAGUUUGAGACCACCAAGUACUAUUGCACUGUCAUUGAUGCUCCUGGACACCGUGACUUUAUUAAGAACAUGAUCACUGGCACCUCUCAAGCAGAUUGCGCUGUCCUUAUCAUUGAUUCUACAACUGGUGGUUUUGAAGCAGGCAUCUCUAAGGACGGACAAACACGUGAACAUGCCUUGCUUGCCUUCACUCUUGGUGUCAAGCAAAUGAUUUGCUGCUGCAACAAGAUGGAUGCAACCACACCCAAAUACUCCAAGGCAAGGUAUGAUGAAAUUGUCAAGGAGGUAUCUUCCUACCUGAAGAAGGUUGGUUACAACCCUGAAAAGAUCCCAUUUGUACCCAUCUCUGGUUUUGAGGGUGACAACAUGAUUGAGAGGUCCACCAAUCUUGAUUGGUACAAAGGUCCAACUCUUCUUGAUGCUCUUGACUUGAUCCAAGAGCCCAAGAGGCCAACUGACAAGCCAUUAAGGCUCCCACUUCAGGAUGUCUACAAGAUUGGAGGCAUUGGUACUGUGCCUGUUGGACGUGUCGAAACUGGUGUUUUGAAGCCUGGUAUGGUUGUAACCUUUGGCCCUACAGGUCUGACAACUGAAGUUAAGUCCGUUGAGAUGCAUCAUGAAGCUUUACAAGAGGCCCUCCCUGGAGACAAUGUUGGUUUCAAUGUGAAGAAUGUGGCUGUGAAGGAUCUAAAGCGAGGUUUCGUCGCAUCGAACUCGAAGGAUGAUCCCGCAAAGGAAGCCGCCAACUUUACCUCCCAGGUUAUCAUCAUGAACCACCCUGGUCAGAUUGGCAAUGGAUAUGCUCCAGUCCUAGAUUGCCACACCUGUCACAUUGCUGUCAAAUUUGCUGAGAUCCUUACAAAGAUCGAUAGGCGAUCAGGCAAGGAGCUUGAGAAGGAGCCCAAGUUUUUGAAGAAUGGUGAUGCAGGCUUUGUAAAGAUGAUUCCAACUAAGCCCAUGGUUGUUGAAACUUUCUCCGAGUAUCCUCCUCUCGGUCGUUUUGCUGUGAGGGACAUGCGACAAACUGUGGCUGUUGGGGUUAUCAAGAGCGUGGAGAAGAAGGAUGCCUCUGGUGCCAAGGUGACGAAAUCCGCUGCCAAGAAGAAGUGAAAAGUGAUGAAGCUUUGCUACUGGUGUUUUAGUAUUUAUUUACAGUGCCUUGUAUCGUGAGUUAUGUAGGUUAUGGUCUGUGUCUAAUCCGGUAUCGCUGUCUGGCAUCUAUUUGCAGAACUGGGUGCUUGAUAGACGGUGGCGGUGGGAUUUUGAUUAUUUGUUGUGUUUGUAUUUGCGGAUAUUUGGUGAGUUUGAACUAAUUUUCUAUUGAGGAAUCUGAUGGUUUAUUUCAACUUUAAUAUGUUAA